ACUGUUUAUGACUUCGUACGAAAACAUUUGGAACUAAAGAUAGCAGCUAAGAUGAGACUUAAAUUGUUCUUUAUUCUGUUGUUGAUUAUUCUAGCAAUGGUUUUAUUAAUGACGAAAGUCAGUGCCAAACGAUGGGCUGAUGGAGUAGAUGGAGUGUGUGCCUAAUCACUUUUUAUAGUGUUAAAUUAUACCAAUAAAGAUGAUGUAGCAAGCUUAGCGAUAGUUGAUUUAAACAAGUAAAUUCAUUAUUUUUGAGAUACCAGCUGAUCUCAAAGCGUAGAGCUCUGAGAUACACUACUCACAAUGCAGGCAGCCGAAACUGAGCCCAAGCGUACCAAGAGUUAUAUUUAUGAGGUAUACCGACUUUUAGAGGAAAAGCCAGGGGUUGAAGAAAUAUUAAUCAUGAAUCGUUCCGGUGUGCCGAUCAAAACGUCAAUGGAACGCCAAGACGCACUUCAACAUGCCUGUCUUUAUGAGAAUUUGCGUGAAAAGUGUCAGGCUUUUCUAUCAAAAAUGGAGCCACCACAGCUCCUGACCAUGUUGCGAGUCCGUACCAGAUUCCACGAGGUCCUGCUAACACCUGAUGGCAAGUGCAAAAUCCAAAGGAUACACAUCUUAAGGUUGAGGAUCUAAAUCGUCAUUCCUCCAAUUUUUAAAUAAUUGCUCCUACAUAUAUCUACGUUGUUAGUCAUCCAACUUCUUACACGUAAAACAUUCUUCUCACUUUGUACACAGCCCAAACACAACAAACUGUUCAUUUAUGUGACUACCUGAAUAUAAAUUCAAUCAAAUAAGUAAUAAAUAGUCCUCAGAGCUUCAGCUUAAAAA